ACACACUUCCGGCCUCGGCGCGAGUCGGGGGGCGGUCGCUCAGCACGUGUGGCGGCCGGUUGUAACGGGCGGGCGGGGCGGGACCGGACCGAGGUUCCCCGUUGCCUUCCUUCCCCCCGCAGCCCGGAGUUCCCCUCGGUGCCGCCAUGGGCCUCACCCGGCAGUACCUGCGGUACGGUCCGGCCGCGCUCUUCGGGCUGGUGGCCAGCGCUAGGGGCAACGCGGCCUUCGUGGCGCUGCGAGGCGAGCGGGGCCGCUGCGUGGCCGUGCCGGCCUGCGAGCACGUUUUCGUGUGGGACACGCGGAAAGGAGAGAAGGUUCUUAUCCUUAAGGGUGUCAAGCAGGAGGUCAGUUGCCUCUGCCCCUCUCCAGAUGGGUUGCACUUGGCUGUUGGGUAUGAAGAUGGAUCAAUCCGUGUCUUCAGCCUCCUAAGUGGAGAGGCAAAUAUCACUUUCAAUGGACACAAGGCUGCAGUUACAACCCUGCAGUAUGACCAUCUGGGUGGACGGCUGGUAUCUGGCUCAAAGGAUACAGAUGUCAUCGUGUGGGAUGUCAUCAAUGAGAGUGGUCUGUACCGGCUGAAAGGACAUAAGGAUGCUGUAACUCAAGUCCUUUUCUUGAAGGAGAAGAACCUGUUGGUCACCAGCGGCAAAGACACAUUGGUGAAAUGGUGGGAUCUGGACACCCAGCACUGCUUCAAAACUCUGGUUGGACACCGUACUGAGGUUUGGGGGAUGGCUUUGGUAUCUGAAGAGCAGCGUCUGAUCACUGGGAGUGCUGACAGUGAGCUGAGGGUGUGGGAUAUCACUUACAUCCAGGAGGUAAAAGACCCUGAUGAGCCAGAAUCCAAGAAAAGCAAAGGAUCUUCACCUGGAGCAGAAGAAAACACUGGCAAGGAUGAGACCCUAGAGUUGGAUGAGAGUCCCGAGGAACGCCUCAUAAAGUGCAGCAAAGUUGGAUCCAUCAUGCGGGAAGGGAGAGACCGAAUAGUUACUCUUGCCACAGACCGAACAGGCAAGAUUUUGGCCUGCCAUGGAACAGACGCUGUUCUGGAAGUGUUCUCUAUCCUUUCUGGAGAGGAACUCCAAAAGAAAUUGGAAAAGAAAAUGAAGAAAGCAAAGAAAAAAGCCAAACAGAAUUCUGAAGAGGAGCCUGAAACCAGUGUGGAGCUGAGCCUGCAGGAGGAGAUUCAGCGGGUCACUAACAUCAAAGCUUCUUCUAAAAUCAAGUCAUUUGACUUGAUUCUCUCUCCAAAAGGAGAGCUGAAGAUUGUACUACUGCUCCAGAAUAACAUCAUUGAGUCAUAUAACCUGAACCUGUCCGAACAAGUCCCGCAGGCUGUCCGUACAUCCAAGAUAACCAUUGGAGGCCACCGCAGUGAUGUCAGGACAUUGGCUUUCAGCUCUGACAACAUUGCCAUUCUCUCAGCAGCUGCAGAGUCUGUAAAGAUUUGGAACAGAUCGACCUUGCAGUGCAUCCGGACAAUGGACUGUGAGUACGCACUCUGCUCGCUCUUCGUCCCAGGAGAUCGGCAGGUCAUUGUUGGCAGCAAGACAGGGAAGCUGCAGCUUUAUGACCUGGCUUCUGGGAGUCUGAUGGAGACACUUAAUGCUCAUGACGGGGCGGUGUGGUCCAUUGCUCUUUCACCAGACCAGCGUGGCUUUGUAACAGGAGGUGCUGAUAAAUGUGUCAAGUUCUGGGAGUUUGAGCUUGUGAAGGAUGAGAGCAGUGUUCAGAAAAGGCUCUCCAUGAAACAUGUGCGCGUUUUGCAGUUGGAUGAAGAUGUUCUUUGUGUGCGGUACAGCCCCAACCAGAAACUGCUGGCUGUCUCCUUACUGGAUUGCACUGUGAAGAUUUUCUACAUUGACACGCUCAAGUUUUUCCUCUCUCUGUAUGGACACAAGCUGCCAGUGCUGUGUAUGGACAUCUCCUCUGAUGGGACUCUAAUUGCAACUGGCUCUGCUGACAGGAAUGUGAAGAUUUGGGGCUUGGAUUUUGGGGAUUGUCACCGCUCUCUCUUUGCCCACGAUGACAGUGUGAUGUAUCUGCAGUUUGUGGCAAAGUCCCAUCUCUUCUUCACAGCUGGGAAGGACAGCAAGAUUAAGCAGUGGGAUGCAGAUAAAUUUGAGCACAUCCAGACACUGGAGGGGCAUCACCAGGAGGUGUGGUGUUUGGCUCUCAGUCCCAAUGGAGACUAUGUGGUGUCAGCAUCCCAUGACAAGUCCCUGCGCCUCUGGGAAAGGACGAGGGAGCCACUUGUUUUGGAAGAGGAGAGGGAGAUGCAACGAGAAGCUGAAUAUGAAGAGAGCGUGGCGAAGGAAGAGCAGCCUGUGGUGGCUGGAGAGAUGCAAGGAGAGACGGGGCUGGCAGGAAAGAAGACUAUAGAAACCAUCAAAGCGGCUGAGCGGAUCAUGGAAGCUAUCGAGCUGUAUAGAGAAGAGACGGCAAAACUAACGGAGCACAAGGCCAUAUGCAAAGCUGUGGGAAAAGAGGUUCCCUUUCCUGUCAAUCCCAUCCUCCGUGCCUAUGGAAAUAUUACACCUUCUGCAUAUGUCCUAGAAGUUUUCAAGAAGGUCAAGUCGAGUGAGUUGGAAGAGUCUCUCCUGGUGCUGCCAUUCUCCUAUGUCCCUGACGUGCUCAGACUCUUCAAUGAAUAUAUUCAGCUGGGUUUGGAGGUAGAACUCCUGUGCCGAGCUUUGCUCUUCCUGCUCAAGAUACAUUUUGGGCAGAUCACAAGCAACCACAUGCUGGUGACAGUGAUAGAAAAUCUGAAGAAAACCACCAUCUCCAGAGUCAGUGAGGCCCGGGAUGUGCUGGGAUUCAACAUGGCAGGGCUCCAGUACCUGAAGAGGGAGAUUGAGGCCAAGGAUGAGGUGAUGUUUUUUGCUGAUGCUACUGACCGUUUUGAGGAGAAGAAGAGGAAGAGGAAGAAGAAAGAGAAGAUGGUUCUUGCAGUGCUCUAGAAUUUGCUGCCCAGGACCCAGAACACCUGGAUGGGGUCAUGUAACCUCAGUGCUGGCCAUGGAAGUGUUCUUGUGGCUGAACAUUUGUGAUGAUGUCUAUUGACUGGGAUAAAGUCUGGCCCCUCCCCAUGUGGUAUAACCCAGCACAUAACCCCAGCUCAGAAUGGUUGUCUUGAGAUGAACUCUCUCUAGUCUGCUGCAAUUGUAUGCAUUUGAACUAUUUGUGAGGUGGCUGUCAAAGGUACAUGCUUUUCCUCCAGCAGAACGCCCGUUGGAAAUGGAGUCGAUUUUCUCCUGUGGAAGAAGUCAGCUCAUUCUGGCAGUGUUUUAACUGAAGGGAGUGAAUCCAGCGCAUGGACUGCUCAUGGGAUUGCGCCUUGUCCAGGGAAGGCAGCUGGCAAGAUUUUAUCUCUCUUGACACCUGCUGGUAGUUUGUUACAGUGCUCAGAGCCUCUGGGCAAAGGAACGUGAGUUCUGACAAAGUGUGAGAACUUGGUCUACAGCCACUUGUUUUUUAGUGGGAUCGGGAAAAACAUGGCUGCACUCUAUUAAAGGUGUAUUUAUACAUGCUUUAUGAGACAACUUUUUUCAUGGAGUUUUGUCCUGAUAUUUCUCUAGUAAAGCCUCUAUUGCCUUGCCCUGUG